AUGGCGCCACGGACCGAUAUACUGUUCCGAGACGACAGCGAAUCUGAUCGUUCUCAAGCUCGGCGUCGAGCGACACUGGGUCGUACCCUUCGUAAUUCCGAACACGGGCGGCGUCACCGUCACCUCGCUCGACGCGAAUCACUGCCCAGGCUCCAACGUCUUUCUCUUCGAGGGAAGACAGACCGUCGACGCGGGGGACACAACGUUCAAGUCGCCGAUGGUAGGGAGCAAUCGCAUUUUCCGAUAUCUGCACUGCGGCGACUUCAGAGCCACGUCCUUCACCCUGCCGUGGCCUGCAAGCCCCUUGACACGAUUUACCUCGACACGACGUACUUGAACCCAAGCUAUUGUUUCCCUCCCCAGCCCCUCGUUAUUGAGGCUUGUGCUGCGUUGGCCAAGAAGGUCGUUGGGGGCGAAGAUGUCAAGGCUGAAGCCAAGGAGGAAGACGAGAAGCCUGAGCUCGAGAUGCCGCCACCAGGUCCCGAGGAAGAGGACGAUGGUGAGGGUGGCGAUGGUGAGGACUAUGGAGGCGAAGCACCUGAUGGCUACAUGGACGAGACGCCCGUGGAUUCAAAAGAGCAGACGCCUGCCGCCAAUGAUCGAGCAGUGGGAACUCCCGGAGGCUGCGACGUCACCGAGGAUGUGAAGCCACAGAUUGAGGAGGACAUCAAGCCUGUCGUCGAGGCAGACGUGAAACCCACGGUGGUUGACGAUGUAAAGUCCGACAUCAAACCCGAUAUCACAAGCUGGCUCAACACUGACACGAAGCCUGACAUCAAGCCAAAUGUCAAGCCAGAUAUCAAGCCCGUUGUGCACCCCAUGGUGUCAGCCUACGCGGCCGCCGAACGUUCGGUGUCGAUGCUGAGCUCGUGGCUCGGUAAGAAUGUGGACAAGAAGCCCGAAGUCGCCAACGACGGCCGAACAUUGAUUCUAAUCGGCACAUACUCUAUCGGCAAGGAGCGAAUUGCGAUUGGUGCCAAGAUCUACUGUAACCCGCGCAAGACCCAGAUCCUGAAGUGCGAGGACGACCCGGAGCUGCACGAUCUGAUGGGGACAGACCCGAUAGAGUGUCAGAUUCAUCUGGUGCCGCUGUCCAACAUCACGCUCGACAACCUGGAAGAGUAUCUCGCCACGAUGCACCCGCACUUCAACCGCGUUCUCGCCUUCCGACCGACAGGCUGGACCUUCUCAGGCCCGAGUGCCGCCAACUCGCUUCCCGACGUCAACUUCAUCAUCAAACGUGACCAGGCGCGUGGUUUCAGCGACGUCAGCCUGAAGCCGAUCAGAGGCAGCUGCAGGAAGUACAUGAUGUUCGCAUUCGUCGUUCUUCGAGUUGACGUGCUUCGCCCUCAGCGUGCCCGGGACACCGAAGAUCAUUGCCACGGUCAAUGUGGGCACGGAGAGGAGAUGAAGAAGUGGUUUGAGAAAUGGAACUACGAGAAGAAGCGGCGACACGAACGUGGCCAGCCUCGCAUUGUUCAGUAUCGAGACGAGAAUUACUCUUCUGUAACACCUUCAGCCCUUUGUACCUGUAUGCAGUAG